AACUCGCGAAAAAAAUUCUGUAUUUAGGCGGAUCGUGACAUAAAGCUAUGAUAAACAUUAUUAAACAAAAAAGGACUCCUCUUCGGUUUCAUUUGGAUCGCUUCCUCUCUGACAGUUGACACCUCGCCGACGAUCUGUUGUAAUUUCCGGCACGGCGGCGCUCCAUUGAUUUUCCGAUCAAUCAAUCGUCCUCUGUUUAUCCGAUCUGGUUUAAUAACAAGCUACACUUUCAUUAUUCCUGUCGUACAAAGGCAGGUUCAUCGUGAGAUCAUGGAAUCGCCUGUUGGUAGACCGAGGGCUACAUCUGUUGUUGUUCUUACACUUGAUUCUAGUGAGGUAUACAUAGUUGUUAGUUUGUCUUCUAGGAACGACACUCAGGUCAUUUAUAUCGACCCAACAACCGGAUAUCUUAGACACGAGCGUAAGCUAGGUUAUGAUGUUUUCAACUUCCAAGAUGAGGCAUUAAACUACAUCACAAACGGUUCAAGGGCGGUUUGUAAGAGUAUAAUUUAUGCGAAAGCUAUAUUAGGUUAUGCAGUGCUUGGGAGCUCCGGUUUGCUUCUUGUUGCAACAAAGUUGACUCCUAGCAUUCCGAAUUUGCCUGGCGAUGGUUGUGUCUACACUGUUAGUGAGAGCGAAUUGGUCAAAGUUUCACUUCAAAAUCCUCAACCUCAGGGGAAAGGAGAAAUAAAGAACAUUCAAGAACUGGCUGAACUUGAUAUAGAUGGAAAAUACUUCUUUUGUGAAACAAGGGAUAUAACUCGUCCCUUUCCAAGUCACACUUCUGUAAGAAACCCCGAUGAGGAAUUUGUUUGGAAUGGAUGGUUCUCAAAUUCCUUCAAAAGAGUUGGCCUAGAGCAGCACUGUGUUGUUUUACUGCAGGGUUUUGCAGAAUGUCGAUGUUUUGGAAGCUUGGGUCCGCAAGAAGGCAUUGUUGCUCUAAUAGCUCGUCGAAGCAGGCUUCAUCCGGGCACACGAUACUUAGCAAGGGGCAUAAAUUCAUGUUACAGCACAGGCAAUGAAGUUGAAUGUGAGCAAAUUGUAUGGGUUCCAAAAAAGCCUAGCCAAAGUGUUCCUUUCAAUACCUAUAUAUGGAGACGAGGCACUAUUCCUAUGUGGUGGGGUGCAGAACUAAAGAUCACCGCUGCAGAAGCAGAAAUAUACGUUUCAGACCGCGAUCCAUAUAAAGGAAGUGCGCAGUACUAUCAAAGAUUGACCAAGAGAUACGAUAAAAGAAAUAUAACCAUAGUUGGUACAAAUCAAAAGAAAAGUCCCGUAGUUCCAAUUGUGUUGAUUAAUCUGCUACGAAGUGGAGAAGGGAAGUCAGAAUGCAUUCUAGUUCAGCACUUUGAGGAAUCUAUAAACCACGUUAAAUCAACCGGAAAACUUCCUAAUACUAGAGUUCAUUUAAUAAAUUACGAUUGGCAUGCCAGUACUAAGUUAAAGGGUGAACAACGAACCAUCGAAGGACUGUGGUACCUCCUAAAAGCACCGACAAUAUCCAUAGGCAUUACAGAAGGAGAUUAUUUACCUUCUCGUCAGAGCAUGAAGGAUUGUCAAGGUGAAGUGAUUUACAACGAUGACCUUGUUGGUGCGUUUUGCUUACGCUUACAUCAAAACGGAGUCAUUCGUUUCAACUGUGCCGAUUCUUUGGAUCGGACGAAUGCUGCUAGUUAUUUUGGUGCACUUCAAGUUUUCACAGAGCAGUGUAGACGUCUUGGAAUAUCUCUUGAUAGUGAUUUGGCUAUCGAUUAUCAAUCUGCUAAAAAUUAUGGUGGAUAUACUGCCCCGUUGCCACCGGGUUGGGAAAAAAGAUCCGACGCUGUAACGGGAAAAUCGUAUUAUAUCGAUCACAAUACCAGGACUACGACGUGGAAUCAUCCGUGUCCUGAUAAAUCUUGGAAGCGUUUUGACAUGUCGUUUGAGGAGUUUAAAAGGUCGACGGUUUUGUCACCAGUAUGUAUACUGGCUGAUCUUUUUCUACUAGCUGGUGAUAUUCAUGCAACGCUUUACACUGGAUCUAAAGCAAUGCAUAGUCAGGUUCUUAGUAUAUUUAGGGAGGAAGCAGGAAAAUCUAAGCAGUUUUCUGUGGCACAAAAUCUGAAAAUAUCGUUGCAGAGAAGAUAUAAAAACACACUUGUUGAUAGCUCUCGUCAGAAGCAGUUAGAGAUGUUCCUUGGUAUACGGCUUUUCAAGCAUCUUCCAUCACUUCCAGUUCAUCCCUUACAUGUGACCAGCAGACCAUUUGGUUGCCUUCUUAAGCCGGUUGCUAGCGUUAUGCCGAGUCCUGAUGAUGGAAGCAGUCUUCUUAGCUUUAAGCAAAAAGACCUCAUCUGGGUUUCGCCACAGGCAGCAGAUGUAAUGGAACUCUUUAUACAUCUUGGCGAGCCCUGUCAUGUUUGUCAGGUUCUUCUCACAAUUUCACAUGGUGCAGAUAGUUCAACGUUUCCAUCCAGAGUUGAUGUGAGAACCGGACGUGAUCUUGACAGGCUUAAACUUGUUGUCGAGGGAGCAUCUAUUCCUCAGUGUGCAAAUGGUACGAACAUAGCAAUACCCAUACCGGGACCUAGUAGUGCUGAGGAUAUGGCUGUGACAGGAGCUGGUGCACGCCUACAUGCCCAAGAUACAACCAACCUUCCACUUUUGUAUGAUUUCGAAGAACUAGAAGGCGAGCUAGACUUCCUUACUCGUGUGGUUGUUCUUACCUUCUAUCCUGCCGUGUCAUCCAAAACCCCAAUCACACUCGGGGAGGUAGAGAUACUUGGUAUCUCUCUUCCGUGGGGAGAUCUUUUCACUUCUGAAGGACCUGGCAUGAAGUUAUGGGAUCAUAUCAAUAAAAUCAACAAAGAUACCGAACUUUUCGCAUCUGAUAUCAACAGCGAUCCUUUUUCAUCUGAUAUAAACAGCAAUCCUUUUGCUUUUGAUGAUGUAUUGCCCCCUGCAAAAUCUGAAAAUACCAGCAGCAACUGGGUGGACCUCUUAUCAGGCAAUGAUUUUAUAUCGGGACCCAUUUCACAACCAGUGCCGGAAACUGCUUUCCAUGAUCCGUUUCUCAACCCGUUUCAUGAUAAUGUAACUGAUGAAGCAAUUGAUUCUCCUCCUAAGGUUUCUGUACAAGAUAAAGAGCCAACUGAAAGUAGUCCUCAGCAGUAUAUAAGUUGUUUUAAGAGGUUGACUGCCUCACGUAUGGCUAAAAAGUUGAGCUUUGUAGACGCGAUGAAGCUAGAAAUUGAACGUCUUGGUCUAAAUCUAUCUGCUGCUGAACGUGAUAGAGCUUUAUUAUCUAUCGGCAUUGAUCCAGCCACUAUAAAUCCCAACAUGCUGCUUGAGGAAACUUACGUGACUUCAUUAUGCAAGGCUGCCAAUGCACUUGCACUUGCCGGUCACAUUUCAUUAGAAGAUAAAACUGUUGGAGCUAUUGGUCUGGAUUCUACUUAUCUCGAUGAUGAUAUAGAUAUUGAUUUUUGGAAUAUAAAUAAAAUUGGCGAGGGUUGUUGUGGGGGACCGUGUCAGGUUCGUGCUGAACCCGUGACAUCUUCUUCCUCGGCAUCCAUGUACUCGUGCUCAGAGUGUCGACGUAAGGCUUGCAGAGCUUGCUGUGGGGGUAGAGGGGCUGUAGUUCUUCUUGGAAGUUAUACUGGUGAUUCUUUAAGUAGGUCUGUGAGUACGGAUGGGGUUAUUUGUAAGCUGUGCUGUCAUGAUAAUGUUCUUGAUGCACUGAUCGUCGACUAUGUUAGGGUUUUAGUUAGCCAACGAAGAAGUAGCAGGUCUGACGUUGCUGCUUAUAAAGCGUUGGACCAAGUUGUAGGAAGAGAUUAUCUUUCCAGAAGAACGACAAUCAAGUCUGACAGAAAUGGACCUAAUGCCAUUCGACAUAACUUACUCAAAGGACAGCAAUCGUUAGCUGAAUUCCCGUUUGGCAGCAUCCUGCACUCGAUUGAAUCUGCACCCGGUUCAGCACCAGUCUUGUCGUUGCUUGCACCUUUGGAUACUGUAUCACAAGAAUCGUCAUACUGGAAAGCUCCUCCUAAGACCUCGCGUGCUGAGUUUGCUAUCGUUCUUGGCAAUCUUUCCAAUGUCUCAAGUGUUAUCCUUGUUCUUAGUCCAUGUGGCUAUUCUAUGUCUGAUUCUCCUACUGUGCAAAUAUGGGCAAGCAAUAAGAUAGACAAUGAAGAACGAAGAAUAAUGGGAAAAUGGGACGUUGGAUCACUCAUCACAUCAUCUCCUGAGCUUAGUGGGCCUGAAAAGCCCGGUGGCACGAGUCCACGACACAUCAACUUUUCAUUUCCAAAACCCGUUUGUUGUCGUAUAAUCUGGAUCAAACUAAGUAUCCAGAAAACCGGUUCAACCUCUUCUUUAAAUUUCGAUAGCGGUUUUGAUCUUCUAUCACUGGAUGAAAACCCGUUCUCCCGGAGUGUGUCUAUAGAUAGUGAUCCGUGCCUCCAUGCAAAGAGAAUCGUUGUAGUUGGAAGUCCAGUGAAAUUAGAGAUACCAACACAAACCUCGUACCAAAGUAGCGUAAAAAGCUGGUUGGAGAGAGCUCCACCGCUCAACCGAUUCAAGGUACCGAUUGAGGCCGAGAGGUUGAUUGCUGAUGGGCUCGUGUUGGAACAAUACCUAUCUCCAGCUUCACCAAUGCUGGCAGGGUUCCGGCUUGACGGGUUUAAUGCAAUAAGACCUCGAGUUACCCAUUCACCGUCAUCAUCGGUUGUUUGGGAAGAUAAAUUUAUAUCUACAGCAGUUCUUUACCUUCAAGUAUCUGUUUUACAGGACAAUGGGAAAAUGGUGGUAGUUGCAGAAUACCGGUUACCGGAGGUGAGGGCUGGGACGGCCAUGUACUUCGAUUUUCCUAGACCAGUGACCGCUCGCCGUGUCUCAUUUAGACUACUUGGAGACGUUGCUUCAUUUGCAGAUGAUCCUGCAGAUCUAGACGAUUCUUCUGACUUCCAAGGCCCGUUGGCUACAGGCCUCUCGUUAUCUAACCGUGUUAAACUAUAUUAUUACGCCGAUCCCUAUGAGCUCGGGAAAUGGGCCACCACCCUUUCUGCUGUUUAGGUACUACAUAUGUGAUUUUGUACAUUAAAAACACACUCAUUCAUUGUUGUAAUCAUGUCUAGAUUUGUUCUAUAAUGGGGGGUAUUCAUUUUCUAUUUUUGUUUAUCCCCCAUCCCUUUUUUUGUUUGUCUCUCCAACUGAGUGUAAAACAUAUAUCUUUUUCAGUUUCCACUCACUUUAUUAUUUUGUUUUA